UAAAAUGCAACUACUGACAACCAGAGAUUUUAGUGAUUAAGCACACAGAUAAGAAAACAGUGGUUCCCAGAAGAAAGUUAAAAAUAUGCUUUUGUGGCUCUUAACUACCGCCUGCGCGCUAGCAGUAUAUUAUAUAAAAUGGACUUACACUUAUUGGCAGCGCAAGGGCUUUCCUUACCACGAGCCGAAGAUACCCUUUGGUGUGCUCGAUGCUGUACGUAGUCGUGAAGCUUCGUUGGGCACUGCCAUCCACGAUGUUUAUCGCAGUACCAAGGAUAAAGUGGUGGGCAUCUACCUGAUUACAAGACCCGCGUUGUUGGUGCGCGAUGCGCAAUUGGCGCGAGACAUAUUGUCAAAGGACUUUGAAAGCUUUCACGAUCGUGGCAUACAUGUCGAUGAUGAAAAGGAUCCACAAUCGAGGGGAGGCAUUUUCUUUCUCAAAGGGCUGGAUUGGCGGAGUUUGCGCAUUAAACUUGCACCAUCAUUUACGUCGGGAAAAUUGAAAGGCAUGUUUGACACGAUCGAGGAAGUGGGUGACAAAAUGGUGGACUAUGUGAGUACGCAACUGUCCGACGAAGGAGUUAAAGAAUUUGAAAUGAAGCAUGUGUUGGGCACCUAUGCUAUAGACAUCAUUGCAUCGGUCAUUUUCGGACUGGAUGUGAAUAGCUUUAUUGAGCCAGAUAAUGAAGUGCUAAAAGUGAGUCGAAAAGUUAACGAACCCACGUUCGGCAGCGUGGUACGUGGUACUUGUCAGUUUCUAUAUCCCAGCUUGGAAAAGCUCUUCAUACGUUUGGGUUGGCGCGAAGAGGCGCCUAAUUUGAUGAGGGAAAUCGUCAAACGUACCAUAGAAAUGCGCGAGAAACAGAAUAUUUCACGCAAGGAUAUGCUACAACUGCUCAUGCAACUGCGUAACAAAGGACAAAUUAGCGCCGAUGACAAUGAUUGGUCGGCAAAGGCGACUGACAAGGUGGUGUCGAAACCCAUGUCCAUUGAAAUAAUUGCCACCAAUUUAUUUCUCUUCUAUGUGGCCGGUUAUGAGACGACUGCCUCCAUCGCUUCCUUUACGGCCUUUGAAUUGGCGCAAUCACCGAUUGCAUUGACGAAAGCGCAGCACGAUGUAAGAGCGGCGCUCGGUAAACACGAUAACAAAUUCACAUAUGCGGCGGUGCAAGAUAUGAAAUAUCUGGAUCUCUGCAUAAUGGAGACCACACGUAAAUACCCCGGUCUACCGAUACUCAAUCGUCAAUGCACACGCGAUUAUCCGCUGCCAAAUAGUGAUUUGGUGAUUAAGUGUGGUACACCCAUUAUUAUUUCGCUACUAGGUCUACAUCGUGAUGAAAAAUAUUUCCCAGAUCCAAUGCUUUGGGAACCCGAACGUUUUUUGUACAGUAAAUAUGAGCCCGCCGCUUAUAUACCAUUCGGCGCUGGUCCUAGACACUGCAUCGCUCAACGUUUGGGCCGCAUAAUCGUAAAAGUCGCUUUAGCGAAAUUAUUGCUCAAUUUUAAUAUCGAGCUAAAUGCCGAACGUAAAGAAAUCGAAAUCGCUAACUUUGGUGUACCGAUUAUGGCCAAAGGUGGCAUAAAUGUACGAUUAUCGAAGCGCAAAACGAUGCAAUGCGCAUAAAUCGGAGCUGGUCGGGGGAUCAUCAGUAUUAUUUACUUAUUACAAAUGAUUGCACAAAUGUACAGAAAUACAUAUAUAACUACAAACGAUUCAAAAAAUCUGAAUAAAUAAUAAAAGAGCGAGAAUGUCGGAUUAAUCUUUGUAUUCGUCGUAAUCUACAAACCAUAUAUAAUAAAAUAUAAUUCAAUUGUAUAACAAA